AUGUCUGCGAAUUCUCUUAACAUCGCUAAAAGCAAGGAAGAGGAUCCAUCUACAAAUCAGGGAGAGCCAUCGGCUAUCUCGCGAGAUGUCGACGAGUCUAAAACCCUAGUUGAAGAUUCUGCGAGUGGAGAGGAUCCGUCGACAAAUAAGGCAGAGUCAUCAUCAGCUAGUUCGCGAGAUGGGGACGAAUCUAAAACCCUAGUUGAAGAUUCGAAUGAAACAGAGGAAAAGGAAGAGCAAGAGACUGAAGAGUGCGGUUUAUGCAAGUACAUAAAGGGAGGUGAGUGCAAAGAGUCAUUCGUAGCACUUGAGAAGUGUGUGGAUGAAGGCAAAGAAGAAAGCAACCCAGCGAAAUGCAAGGAGGUCAGAAAGAUAUUCAAGACUUGUAUGUUUGAUAACCCUGUCUACUAUGAGCCCAUUAUUGCUGCCGAGGCUCACGUGGUUGCCAAGAUGUUACGCGAGCUGCAAGCGGAGAAGGAAGCCAUGUUGGCUGGUGAGGCUGCAGCCAUUGCCAAGGCCUUGAGCAAGUUGCAAACGGAGGAGCAGCCAGUUUUGCCUGCUGAGGUAGCAGCCAUUGCUAAGGCGUUUCAAGAGCUGGAAGAGGCAAAGAAGAAGAAGAAGGAGGAGGAGAAUGAAGCAAAGGGAUCCAGGGAAAACGAGUGA